AUGGAAAGAGGAACCUUCAGAAUACCAAAGUAGCAGAUAAAUGGCUUCGACAUUUUAUCUGAAUUUUAAGAACGUAUUAACAAGAGAAUCGAUGCUGCUAGAACAAAUAUUAAUUGGGCAAAAUUUUAAGACCCUCAAUAAGAGGUGCUGAAUUAGAUGAGAUGCAUUGUCAAUGAUAUGGCAAAUUUGAUAACAGAUCAAUCUCUCAUAGAUAUAAUCGAGCAAUUCAAACUAGACAUUGGAUAUCAGAUUUCCGACCACGAUGAAUCUAGAAGACUUGCAAUCAUUAAUCAAGAAAACUUAAAAGCAUUGAGUGAGAGGUUUCAAUAUGAGCUCAGAAAAAUAAAGUUAGAAUAAAACAAGGAAAAUAUUGAGGCCUUUAACGUACUGGGCAACAAAAUUGAAAAUCUAAAGUAUCACGAUAAUAAAACGGUUGAACAAACAAAUUAUGCCGGGUAGCUUAAUUAUUAAAAUCAAUCCUUGAUGCAAGAAAUAGAACAUAUAAAACAAUUGCUUUAAUAGCAAAGUUAAAAGGUAGAUAUGAAUUAUUAAAUAACUAAAGACUUACUUUAAAGAUAGAAAAAGUCUUCUCUAGAAGAUAAUUAAGGAAUUGAAGAAGAAGAAGUAAAAAUUGAGGUUAAAUAAGAGCCAAUAUUGAAUGAUUUCAAAGUUGAAAGAAUUUCGAAUCUCUUUUAAGUGCUACUUGAGUAAUAGAAUGAGAAUGCUUCAUCCAAAUUAAAUUUCAAAGAGUUGCUGGACUUUCUUAAAACAUCUUAAAGUUGUGACAUAGAUCAAAACUCCUUUAAUUCAAUAUAUUCUAAGAAAGAAUCGAAUGAGUUAGAAUCUUAAUCAGCUGUAAGUCCUUGCAAAAUUAAUUGUAAUCCAGAGGGCAAUAACGAUGAAUAAAAUCUAAAUCUUAAUCUUCAAAUAGAAGAUGAAACCACUAGGAAUAGUCGUGGUGUUACCGAAGAAGUAGAUCUUAAUACAAAAGGAAAUGAAAAUGAAAAUGAUAAAGAAGAAGAAAAAGAAAUAUAAUAAAUAUAAAUCCCAGUUUAAAAAAAUGCAGCUUAAACAUGCAUACUACACAAUACAGAUGGAAAUCUUAUUGUUGGUUUAAACCAAAAUUGGUCAAAUAUUCAUAAUUCAAAAGAUUAUUAACAGAAAAAAAAACUUGAACUAGGUGCCGGCAUUGUGUCAGUCUGCAAAGUAUUAAAUUAUUUGAUUUGUGGACUUUCAAAUAAUGAAUUAAAGAUUUUUAACAGCAAUUACUACGACUUAGUUACCACUAUAUAGCUUCAUACCCUACCAAACAAGUUUGUUCCUCAGCAUUUAAAUCAAGUUGGAAUAUUCUUACUUGUUUUUUGCAAUGAUGGUUAUAUUGAAAUUAUUUCAAUGCUGGAUUUUAAGUUGAUUUAAACGAUUCAACAUUCUAGCAAGAUGAGAAUUUAAGAUGCUCAAAAAAUUUAAAAUCCCCAUGAAUACAUGCUAGCUUUUUCAAAAAAAUCAAAGAAUAACUUUACAAACGGUAUGCUUGCCGCAAUUAAAUUGGAACUAAAGUAAGUAACUGAGUCUCAAUUCCAAUUUGAAUAUGAAGAAGUUGCUAAUAGUGAGCAAUAAUUUUUAAAAGAUGGAAAGCCACAACCAGUAUUUUGCUUCUAGGAGAUCUUUCCUGAUUAAUUUUUGGUUUGCGUCACUGAGCCUUGCUUUAAAUACUAUGAUAGAAGAGCUAAGAGACUUGAUCCGUCAAAAGAUAUCCCAAACCCAAGUUAGUCAAUUAACUAUAAUUGCUUGCAAAAAAUUUAAAAUUUUUCAGAUAAUAAUCCCUACCUGAUCUACAAAGACUCAAGAAGUGUAGGCUUUAUAAAUUGCGUUACUCUGGAUAUUGUAGAUCGUCUUGAUUGCACUUACAAACAAGGAGGCAACCUAUUUUCAAUGACAUAAAAAAUUGAAUCUGGAAAAAAACUCACAAUAACAAGCUUGAUUUACAAAACGAAAGAUUAGAGCGGCCCAGAGAUAAGAUCAUGGAUUAAUUUUAAUAUGCAAAUUGAAUGA